CUGAACGAAAUUCUUCAUGAGAAGUGUCACUGGACGUUCCAGCCGCCUGUGCUGUCCCGGAUUCUCCAAUAUGAGCAGGUGAACCCAGAGUAUGAUCCGGUGAAGGAAGCUCUGAUUGUGGUGACACAGGAACGGGAUUUGGCAUUACUGAGGAAUAACUUACUCCACGACAAACUGGAGAAUCUCGAACAGGUUCUGAAGCAUAUGCGUGAAGCUGCUGGGCGUCGCCAACAGUUGGAGUUGGAGCAUGUGGAGGCUCUCGCCGUUCUCAAGAGCAAGCAGCAAGAGAUCGAGCUCCUUCGGAGGGCUCAGGUUGAAGCUAAGAAGGAGCAUGAAGGAGCUGUCUUACUGCUAGAGAACACCUUGGACAGCAUGCAGGCCAAGGUGCGAGAGUUAGAGGAGAAAUGUCGAAAUCAGAGCGAACAGUUCAGUCUGCUCUCCAGGGAGUUGGAGAGUUUUCGUCAGAGUGCUGGUAACAUUGACCUGCUCAGCUGCCCGGCCUCACAGAGGGAGAGAGCUGGCAAGACCCAGCCUCCACUGAUGAACGGACUAGCCACAGUGCUUCCUAAAGGCACUGAAAGUCCAUCUGGGAGCAGAUCGGUGAUCUCCGAAUAUAUCCGGCCCCUUCAGUCAUCCGGUGGGAAGUCAGAGUUGCUGUCUGCCAAGCCGACCCUCCUGUCUCAAUCCACACUGGGCAGCCCAAGGCCUAGACAGCUCCCUGAGAUGGAUGUUGAAGCAGACAGGUGUAACCCCAAAAUGAGGUACACAGGAAAGGUGCAUCUGUGUGUAGCCCGGUACAGUUACAACCCGUAUGAGGGACCCAAUGAGAAUCCGGAAGCAGAGCUCCCCCUCAAAGCUGGGAAAUACCUCUAUGUGUACGGAGACAUGGACGAAGAUGGUUUUUAUGAAGGUGAACUGAUGAAUGGACAAAGAGGACUGGUCCCCUCCAACUUUGUCGCUCUGUUACAAGACGAGGAGUUGUUCCUGCUCCAUUCUGUGGACACGGAGAUGGACAAUAAUCUACUCAAUUCAGACCUGGGUCUCCAUCUCCAUGGUGACAGUGUGCUGCAGGAUGGCAAGUCGGACAGCCUGCUCCCCAGUCAAACAGAGAGCACGUUCUAUAAGAAUGGCACAGGAACCCUGGACGUGAACAUUGAUGAAAUUGGUGAAGAUACUGUGCCUUACCCCAGGAGAAUUAACCUGAUCAAACAGCUUGCCAAAAGUGUGAUUGUAGGAUGGGAUCCACCAGUUGUCCCUCCCGGAUGGGGAGCUGUGAGUAGCUACAAUAUUCUCGUCGAUAAGGACGUGAGGAGUAACGUCCCCUCGGGAGGGAGGACCAAGGCUCUAAUCGAGAAACUCAACUUGGCCAAUGUCACCUACCGUAUCUCGGUGCAGAGUGUGUCUGAGCGCGGCCUCUCUGAUGAGCUGAGGUGUACCAUGUUGGUCGGGAAAGACGUGUGUGUAGCCCCUUCUCACCUGAAGGUGGACAACAUCUCGCAGACGUCAGCCGAGGUCACCUGGUUGCCGAGCAACAGCAACUACAGUCACAUGAUCUUCCUCAAUGAGGAAGAGUAUGACGUGGUGAAGGCGGGGAGUUACAAAUACCAGUUCUUUAAUCUGAAACCCUGUAUGGUCUGUAAGGUCAAAGUCAUGGCCCAGCCUCACCAGGUGCCAUGGCAACUGCCGCUGGAGCAGCGAGAGAAGAAGCAGAGCCUGGUGGAGUUCUGUACACUGCCUGCAGGUCCCCCAGCACCCCCUCAGGAUGUCAUAGUCCAUGUAGGAUCGACCCCAGGAACCAUUCAGAUCAGCUGGAAGCCACCACUGCUGAGUUUGGCAGGAACCUCCAAUGGAGCCAAGGUGACUGGCUACAGUGUAUGUGCAAAAGGUCAAAAGGUUGCAGAGGUGAUGACGGCCACAGCCAAUGGUGUCACUGUCGACUACUUACGCAUUCAGCAUCUGGAAACCAGGGAGAUUAUCGUCCGCACCAUAUCUGCCCAGGGAGAAUCUGAGGAUUCGUUUGCUGCUGCUAUCCCGACUGAGCUCCUGGUCCCUCCAGCACCCCCUGCCCAUGCUCCUCCCAGAACCAAGCCAUUAGCAAGUGCCAGAGCUCCCGAUACCAAAGACCAAGUGACAGGCCCCAGCCUGAGAAGGGAGGAACCAUGGGAGCAAACACAUUCAGCGUCUCCUCUCCAUGGCCGCUCUUUGGAGCCUUCGCUGCUGAACCACCAGGGUCUGCCUGCCAACAGGACUGGCAGGUCACCCUCACCACAGAGAAUCCUACCACAGCCCCAGGGAACACCCAUCCCCAACACCGUCGCUAAAGCCAUAGCCCGGGAAGCAGCCCAGCGAGUGGUGGACACCAGCAGGGCUGAGAAACGCAGUCUGUUCAGCGAGAGAAGCCAAACUAUACACCAGGAAAAUUCCGAUGAUGAGGACGAUGUUUAUGAUGGACAAAUCCUCAAAAGGCCCGGUGGUUCAGUAGAUGAUUUCCUGAGGGGCUCAGAGCUGGGGAGGCAGCAACACUACGGCCAUCCGGAUGAGUACCAGACAGAGAGCAGCCGAGGUUCAGACCUCUCGGAUAUUCUGGAGGAAGAUGAAGAGGAACUUUAUUCCGAAAUGCAGCAUGAGGAGGGGGGUAGGAGGAGACACAGUGCAACUUCACACAAUGCACUGAAGAUUUUAGGUAAUCCCUCGGGUUCUGGGCGCAUGUUGGACAGAAUGGAUCACCUGGGCCGAAGGACAUCUCAUGGUAGUGCCCAGAGAGGAAGGCCCAUACCUGUGCCAUCGAUCGAAAUCACAGUGGACAGUAACAGUGAAGGUGGUCGGUCCCGUUCAGGAAGCGAAGGGAACAUCUCUCCAGGGAGAGAUGACGUUUAUCAUCGUAAUGUCGUGGGUCGGAGAAAGUGGCCAGUUCAGCGCAGCAUGCCUUCCGAGAGCCGAUAUGCCAGGUCCUGUGCUCGGGAGCGCCUCUCCCCAGAGUCUGAGGGCGAUGUUUGCAGCGAGGAUGUCCUGCCCAGGAUUUUCGUCGCUCUUUUUGAUUAUGAUCCUUUAUCAAUGUCACCCAAUCCUGAUGCUGCUGAUGAAGAACUGCCCUUCAAAGAAGGGCAAAUAAUCAAGGUCCAUGGGUCGAAGGAUGUGGAUGGGUUCUAUCACGGGGAGAGGAACGGCAGAGUGGGUCUGAUUCCGUGUAACAUGGUGUCGGAGAUCCAGGCAGAUGAUGAGGAGAUGGUGGAUGAGCUGGUGAAGCGGGGUUACCUUCCCCUCAACACUCCCGUGGAGAAAAUUGUGAAUGCUGAGCGUGAGAAAGAGACCACACGCGCUGUUAACCGCAAAUCCCGCAAGUCUAAACGAGAGAGGAACAGGAGGAGUAGCCAGCAACACUCGGUCCCCACCCGGAGAAUGGUGGCGUUAUAUGAUUAUGACCCAAGGGAGAGCUCACCGAAUGUCGAUGUGGAGGCCGAAUUAACGUUUUGUGCGGGGGAUAUCAUCAGCGUCUGGGGGGAACUGGAUGAAGAUGGAUUUUAUUAUGGGGAGAUCAAUGGCCAGAGGGGCCUAGUUCCUUCAAAUUUCCUGGAAGAAGUGCCCGAUGAUGUUGAGGUCUAUCUCUCUGAGGCUCCCUCUAGAUAUCCUCAGGAACUGCCAGUGCGCCUGAAAGGGAAAAGGGUCCCUGGUGAAAACAUUCCAAGGAGGGCACCGUCUCCAACCGUCCAUCCCCACCACCAUCACCAUCAUUCUGGAGCUGGUAUAGUAGAUGGGCCAGACAGCCCAAUGUGGGCCAGAGAUAUGGCUUCAAAAAAGAAAAAGGGACUGUUAUCACAAGGAAAGAAACUGCUGAGGAAGCUUGGUGGAGUGAAGUGA